AAUAAAAAGCGGUCCAAUUAGCUUGCUAGAACUCCAUUUCUUCGGGCUCAAGCCAAGUCAAAGGCGAACGAACCCGUCUUCGGCGACGACGACGACGACGAGGAGCGAGGGGGAGGAAGGACGAAGAAGAGUCGGCGUUCACCCCCCGCCCCUUGUAUCCUCAUCUCUCUCUCUCUCUCUCUCGAUAGUCGACACGACGCUUGUGGGAUUCAUAGGGAUGAUGGAGUCGCGGGAGGUGCCGCGUCCCAAAGUUCCCUCCUUGGACCAAACCGAUAUCAACUGGGACAAGCUCGACAAAACGAAGCUGUAUGUCGUCGGAGCCGGCAUAUUCAGCGGCGUCACCGUGGCGUUGUAUCCUGUGUCCGUCAUUAAGACCAGGAUGCAGGUCGCGUCGAAAGACGCCGCCCAGAAGAAUGCCUUUGCUGCUUUCAAGAAUAUCCUCAGAGCCGACGGCAUCCCCGGCCUGUAUAGGGGGUUCGCCACUGUUAUCACGGGCGCCAUUCCCGCCAGGAUAAUCUUCCUCACUUCUCUGGAAACAACCAAAGCCGCUUUGCUCCAGUUGGUUAGACCGCUUAAUUUGUCCGAGCCUGCGCAAGCUGCCAUAGCUAAUGGCCUCGCGGGAAUGUCGGCGUCGAUUUGCUCGCAGUCUGUGUUUGUUCCUAUUGAUGUGGUUAGCCAAAAGUUGAUGGUGCAAGGAUAUUCCGGGCAUGCAAAAUAUAACGGAGGACUAGAUGUUGCUCGUAAAAUUCUCCAGUCUGAAGGAGUGCGCGGACUUUACAGAGGGUUCGGCUUGUCGAUUAUGACAUAUACCCCAUCGAGUGCUGUAUGGUGGGCAAGCUAUGGAUCUAGUCAACGCAUUAUUUGGAGGCUUUUAGGCCAUGAUCAGAACAGUGAUGGUGUCCCUAGUCAGUGGAAAAUCGUAGGUGUUCAAGCUACAGGCGGAGUUAUUGCUGGUGCAAUUGCUUCUUGUAUCACAACCCCUAUAGACACAAUCAAGACUCGAUUGCAGGUUAUGGAUAAUGAAAAGAAACAAACUGCAAGGCAAGUUGUCAGAAGAUUGAUUGCUGAAGAUGGAUGGAAAGGUCUCUACAGAGGAUUGGGUCCAAGGUUUCUCAGCAUGUCAGCAUGGGGUACCUCGAUGAUAGUAGCCUAUGAGUAUUUGAAGCGUCUUUGUGCCAAGACUGAGGCGACAUGAAACUCUCUGUAACAAUUUCAAGUUGUAACUUGGCACCGGUCAUUGCAACAUAUUUCUUUUGUAUUCUUCAACCAGGAACGGUUCAAGCCAACUGAUGGCAUUCUCACGGAGCCUCUCAUUGGACGCUGUGAUGCCAUGAGGUUGCAAGAACUUCCCAGGAAAUGUUGUUGUAUGAAGCCAUCUAUUACAGUAUCAUGGAUGGAAACAUAUUUUUUGAUCUUUUUAAACAGAACAGAAUCUCGGGAGGCUUGAUCAUUUGGUCAUCUGCUGUUACGCCCUCCAUAUUCUGCAUAUCACAAAGCGAUUGCGGAGACGUAUUUUUUACUAAGAUUCACAAUUAUUCCCUCUUAUUCGGGGACCUGCGCACUCUAUACAUUCACAACAGAUUCGAUGAAAUAAGUGUAACUCAAGGAAAGCAUGCAUUCUUUUGCACAUUUUUUUGAAUUUGCAUUUUUUGCUUGGCCAUUGAUAGUGAUGGAUUGGUGUUAUAUCCUCGUGCACGGCAGGGCUAAUUUGAGUUGUUUUCUUGUUUCUUUCGUGAAGAGAGAAAUUUAUACGGGGUUAAUAUAGUUUUUAUUGUAUUUUCUUUUUUCUGUUGUUUGUUUGAAUUUCUUGUUUGGCACAAUAAAAAGACCCCACUGUUGAAGUGAUGGAGAAGAGAAA